AUGGAAUUCGUCGUGUGCCGGCCUCCCGUCUUCGCCGUUCGUUUCGGCGCCAAAACGUCCGAAAGCCGGCGGACUGUCGCCAGUGGUGGGCUCGGGUCGGUUCGAUUUUGCUUCUAUCGCUUCGGUUCAACGGUCCGAGUUGAUUUUCGUCGUGCUGUCAUUACGCCCUUCUGCGGUUCGGCGGUGGUGAGUUCAGCACGUGGUGAUCAGAGCGCCGCCUUGUAUAGAAGUCGCGCGCCCAACGCGUGGCAGGGCUGCUUCUUCGUCAUAAAAGGU